CCGCCGCUAAAGCGACGUGUCCCAGGCCCGGCGGGCGGGCUGCGGUCACACGCGUCUCAGCCACCUGCGAGCGGCUGCUCGCCCGGCGGCCCUUCUCCGGCGUCCCGCCCUCCGCGCCGGCUCCCAGGUACGCGUGCCGGGCACCAGGCUCCCGGCGCGGGGGGCAAAGGGCCGCUCGGGGAGUGGCGGAAGGGCUCCCGCUGUCUGAAAUUGCACUGGCCGCUCCCACCCCGCCGUGCCCACCGCCUUCCCUCUGGAGCCCUCCCGCGGGGCUCCGGUCCCUCCUGGGGGCUCCCUGCGCCCUCGCAUGUUGAUGGCUAGUACCAGAAGAUUAACUUAGUGGGAGAACAGGCUGGGUGACGUUUCCCCAUCAUCUACUGAAACAUGAAGACCAAAAGCAAAAGAACGAAGCACAGGCUUGCUGUUGAUAAAGAAGCCUUUCUUGGGGAGACAACUUUGAGCAAAGAGGAACCGGUGAAAUGUUUGCGACACAAAGAAAGGAGAAAUGGCAGAAACAAUGAGAGCAACAAGACUGGUACAGUCAAAGCCAAACAUGCUUGGAACAACAAAGACAGACACUUGAGGCGAUUGGAAAGCAAUGAACGGGAAAGGCAGAGAAUGCACAAGCUCAAUAAUGCAUUCCAGGCCUUGCGGGAGGUUAUCCCUCAUGUGAGAGCUGAGAAUAAACUUUCUAAAAUUGAGACUCUUACACUAGCCAAAAAUUACAUUAAAUCACUGACUUCCACCAUACUCCAUAUGUCCAGUGGGCACCUUCCAACUGUAGAAGGAACUGGGGCAGCCAAUAGCUCCAAACUGUACCAGCAUUACCAACAGCAACACGGCGAUGAGGAACACGAUGAACAGCUAAAAAAAUACUCCACACAAAUUCACAGCUUCAGACAAGGCAGCUAAAGUUAGCUACUGGCCUCAUUCUCUCUUCUCCACACAUUCCUGUAUAUUUCAGCAUUUAGAGGAUUAAGGGGUUAUUUCCUGCUGGUGGGUUUCUUUUUUGUUUGUUUUUGGAAAGACAAAUGUUUAGUGGCUAGAUCUCAUAGUUCUUGUUGAAAUUAUCCUAAAUUGUAGGUCAGGCUUUUCAAAGAGAUUAGUGAUUUUGGUUGCCCGAUUUGAAACACCUUCUGUGUUCUUAUAGUUUUUGUUUACCUGCUUUGUUUGUAAUUUUCCUGAGGUCAGAGUGUUCUUUUAAUUUGUAAUGAGAAAUUGUUUGAUUGUUCAACACCCAGAUUGCUUUUGCAGGGCAGGCUUUAUAAACAAAUUAUUUUUCAGUGGGAGGGGGUGCUCUGCCCGUUAGGAAAAUUACUCUUUUUAUAAGGUACCUCGAGUUGGGCACCCAACAGUGAUGUCCUAAAUCACUAGUCAUUAUUGAAAAUACUGGCUGUAACUUCUAUUCCUCCAGAAGUGACACCAUGUAAUGGGGAAUCUUGGUGCAGAAAUAAUGAAGUUUAUGGCCCGGUACGGUACUUUGGAAUGUAUACAGCUACUGGAGGGACAUAUCUAACUGACCUGAUGUUUGGAUAGCAGGACUAAUUUCUUUAACCACAAUUACCUGGAUUUUUUUCCCCUUGAAUUCUUAAAUAUCCUGCUACUCAGAGGGAGGAACAAUUUUAAUGACAAUAGAAACAUAUUUUGAGUAGUUUGAUUAGUGUGAUCGAACAGGUAUGAAUACUAUCUAACAAAAUGGCCUUAGAUCAGAUCCUAAAUGCCCUAAACCAGCAGUUCUCAAACUUCAUUGCACCGUGACCCACUUCUGACAACAAAAAUUGGGGUGCUAUGUGCCGUGGGUGGGGGCAUGUAACCUUAGCCCGGGGUGGUGAGGCUCAGGUUUUGGCUUCAGCCCCGGCGGGUGGGGCUUGGGCUUCAGACUUGCUGGGAGCCAGGGCCAACAUCAGCCUUGGUGACCCCAUUAAAAUGGGGUUGCAACCCACUUUGGGGUCCCAACCCACAGUUGGAGAACCCCUGCCCUAAACUCAUUGAAGUAAAUGGAAAGGUUCUAAUUCACUUCAGUGGGCUUUGGGUCACGGUCCUAAAAUGUAGUCCUACAAGUACACUUAAAAUGCACAAUAAUUAAUGUGAUCCUUGUUGCAUUAUAUAUAUUUGAAAGUGCCUUUUAACAGAAACCUUAAAAGAGAUUUGUUAGAUUGUAAGCUCUUCUAGGCAGGAGCUUGUCUUUGUACAGCAUCCAGUCCAAUGGGAUCCCAGUUCCAUUUGGACCCUUUGGAUGCUAUUGUAUUAUAAAUAUUUUACAGUUAGUUCACUUGUGAUCUUUGCAAAAAUGAUGUGAUUGCAGAACAAAUGUUUUGUGUAUUUACCAGUUGGACAAUGAUAAUCUGUGCAUUUAAAAUGAACUCUGCUAAUAAAGCCUGCAUUGUAAUCAAUUAGGAUUCAUUCUGGGCUAGGUACUAUAAAAUACAAUAAAUGAAACAGGAGAUAUUGAAACAAGAAAAGAAACUUUUAAAAAAAAAGUUGGAAUAAAAACUUCCAUUUCUCCUAGCCCUGCUCUUCUUCGCCUCCCCCCAAGCUAAGAUUUCUUUGUUUGGAAAUGUUGCACGUACAGCAUAUGUAACAACUGUCUCCACCUAUGGCCAUAGAGUGCUGAUGUUAGCCGGACAGUUGUGGUUAUGCUGCAGAGGGGGCAAGGGCAGGAUUUAGGUGCUCAUGUUUUGCACAGGAUGUAGCUUCAUGGGCCCUACCUUUGUCCCCACAGAGUAGGGUAGUGCAAGGGGGAAGCAGGCUGAGUGAGGGAGAGAUUGGUGGAUCCUUUGCAGGGGGUGUUGAAGAGAACAGCUGCAGAGACCCCCUAGAACAUAAGAACGGCCAUACUGGGUCAGACCAUUGGUCCAUCUAGCCCAAUAUCCUGUCUUCCGGCAGUGGCCAAUGCCAGGUGCUUUAGAGGGAAUGAACAGAACAGGCAAUCAUCAAGUGAUCUAUCCCCUGUUGUUCACUCCCAGGUUCUAGCAAAACAGAGACUAGGGACACUCAAAGCAUGGUGUUGCAUCCCUGCCCAUCCUGGCUAAUAGUCAUUGAUGGACCUAUCCUUCAGGAACUUCUCUAGUUCUUUCUUUGAACCGCAUUAUAGUUUUGGCCUUCACAACAGC